AUGGCUUCUCUCUUGGCAACAACAUCUUCCAGCAAGGGGCAUAGCGGGAUACCCCAGCCUUGCAACUCUCCCUCUGCAGCUUCUGCAAAGGAGAACGAAGAUGAGCAGCUGGAGCCUUCGCAGAGUGAGCACCUGAAGGCGAGGGUAGUUUCAUCGCGUCGACGGUAUGUGCCAGCUGGAAGCAACGCAAGCGGCAGUUUAGCUCCUCCCCCCCGUCGCCUUGCGUCUUGUGAUGCCUCUGGGAAAUCACCAGCGUCUUCCGCAGACGCUGCAGAGGGAGGAAGCGGAGGAGCUGCAUUCGAGCGAGUAAGGAGUCUUCUCCUCUCCACGAGUGUCAUUGAAAAACUCGCCGAGGUAGCCAGCGCAGCCGCACUAACAUCACACGGAGGUUCCAAUGCUGUGUCUGCAGCUUUACUUUCAUCGGGAGCAGUUGGAAUCGAUGAAAAGGAGUUUAAAAGCGCAAGAGGUUGGGCUGCCUUUGGAGGUGAGAGACUUUCGGAGAAGCGCCUUCGCACGAACAUGGUCUCUUCGGUAGCGUCUUCUUCUUUUUCUUCUGCUUCUGCUUCUUCAUCUGCCUCGAACAUGGCACCUGCUGCUGGUGCAGCUGCUGCACGGCACUGCAGAGACACCGCAAGCAACAGCAAGAGCAACAGCAAGAGCCAGUCGGCUGUCAGGCUGGAAAGCAGCUCGAGCAACACAAACUUGAACCUGCGUGCUCUCCGAAGACAAUGCUACAGAUCCGACGGAUGCCCCCUGUUGCAGGCGGUAACUUCAAUUCCAGGAUCUUCUCGACGGACGAUUAGCAGCAACAACAAUAACGGCAAUAAUAAUAACAAUAAUCACAGCAAUAAUAAUAAUAAUUGCAACAAUAAAAGACAUCGCCGAAGCAGAAGUCCGCUUAGUGCAGGGGAUGCCACUGCUGCCAGCAGCACCUUGGCAGCUGUCCAUACAGCCGAGAAAGCGUCGAACACGCCGCUUUCUGGAAAGGAGCAGCUGCAGCAGGGAAGCCUCCUUUCUCCCCGCUCCCAAGCGCACCAAGAACAGCAGCACCCUCCACCAACGUUCGAGGUGGAAAGCUCUCAGCAUGGCAUUUCUCACAGCCUCCUGAAGAGUGCUACCGGCUCCAACUUUUCCGCUGUUUCGCUGAUGCAAUCCGAGCCCUUUAUGAAUGAGACAAACUCGGCAGCGCCUUCAAGCAGUGCUGCUGAUGCAGCAGCACCUCGUGAUUCUCCUAUUCGACCGCCUUCUGCUGCGGAUGCUGCAACAGCCGCCGCAGUUUCUGCUACUGCAACAACCGCUUCUCAGCAGUUGCAGCUCUCGCUGUCUGAAAAGCCGCAAACUGAAGCAGGGUGCGGUCGUGUGCAUGCGACAGCGCCUGCUUCCACGUCUCCAGCUGAAGCAUCAGGAGUCUCUGCAGAAGCAGCGUGCUCAGCGGAUGCAGCAGACGCGAAUAACACGCUGAUGUCAAACGGCACAGGCGUUUCUGUCGAAGUGCCAGUCGCGCCGGUCGAGAUAGGGGCAGCAGACUCAGAAGCCUUGCGAGAUUCACUUUCGGAAAAUUUGUCAAGCUGCGACUGUCGACUUGAUGAUGAGUCCGAAGCAGCUGCAGCAACAACUGCAACAGCAACAACAAGUGCAGCAGCAACAGCAACAAGUGCAGCAACAGCAACAAAUGCAGCAGCAGCAACAAGUGCAGCAGCAACAGCAACAAGUGCAGCAGCAACAGCAACAAGUGCAGCAGCAACAGCAACAAGUGCAGCAACAGCAACAAGUGCAGCAGCAGCAGCAACAACUGCAGCAACAACAAGUGCAACAGCAACAGCAACAACUGCAACAGCAACAAGUGCAACAGCAACAACAACAAGUGCAGCAGCAGCAGCAGAAAACUGUUCACGCGAAGAUUCUGCAGGGAGGGGCGGCAGUAAUGAGCGCUUUCGUCUGCAGCAUGCUGGAAGACUGCCGUCUCAAGGGAUAAAGGCUUCAACGGCAGCUCCUGUGGAGGAUGCUUGUGUACUCGAGAGCGGAGGGAGACAGCAGGAGGCAAGUGCUUUAAGAUGUCUUGCCGGCUGCUCUCCUGCCGAAGCUGUCAAGCAAUCCACGCAGGUGGAAGCAGCGGGGAGGCGUUUGGAUGCAGAUAUGGCGUGCCUCGACGCUGUCAACGGUGCUGCCAGAUUUUGCGAGACACGAGGUAGGCGGGAGUGGAAGGCAGGGGGAGGGAGGGAAAGGAAGGAGGAUCCUUAUUAUGAGCAACAGCAAAGAGGCAUUAUUAUGAGCAACAGCAAAGGAGCUUGCUUAUGA